CCCCUCGUUUCUGAUACCAGGCUUCCAAAGGGCGCCAAACAUUGUAAUGAUUACCGUUCUUUGUUCGCAGUGUAAUCGACAGCUAAGCUAAUAUAGGCGCCCUGCUGGAAAGCCUGGGACGCGAAACAACUUACUUAGCACUUUUCGGUAGAUGCCAGAAGACGAUAUUUUUUUAAACGCAGGACGGGUCGUAUCCCAGUUGUUACUGCGAAAGAUUCGAUUCGGAUAUGUUGGGGAAGACCGGUGAUUGGUUUUGUGACAGUUGCGGAGGAGAGUGCGUCUGCGAUUUGAUCAGUCUCAACGAAGGGUCCUCUGAAAUUAGUCCAACUAAUGUCAAAGAAUGCCAGUGUGGCUGCCAAGAUGACAAACUCGACUGCGAAUGUGGAUGUUCGACCUCGAAUAUAACCCCAGUCAGUGAGGCUGGAGACAUUUUCAAAAGCGUGGAAUGUCCGCGCAGAUGUGCCAUUCCCUCAGAUGCUAACGACGAAAUAGACAACAAUAGCUGCUCUUGCGGUUGUGCCGAAAUCAUCGGUCUAUCCCAGUCCGAACGAGAUCUAGGACGUGACUGCGAAUGCGUGAGGGGUGGGGAAAUGCAAUGCAAAUACUGCUGCUGCGUAGAUUCGAUCCAAGAGACUUUUCCCAACGUUGAGAAGAGUCUGAGGGAGACCGAAACAGAGAAUUUAGCAAAGAUACUGGAGCGGGACGCCGUCCGCAUCGGCAAAAAGAAUAACGCUCUGCAACAACUCGUCGCGCAAUAUACUGCAGCACUUGGUGUUCCGGGUGUUGUUGAAGACUUCCGUUUCGCCACCGCGUUUUGUCCACAUCACGACCCCACACCGAUCAGACCAACUCUUUCCGGUCAGAUGCAAGAACAUAAGUAUUUUGACGAUUCGACAGGCCUGAAAGAUAAUUGCUUAAUCGUCGAGAAUUUUAAGAUCACAAGGAAACAGAACAUGAAUCGCUGUGUAUGCCUCAUCGCAGGUUUGCGAGCUACAAUCGGACUUCUCCGUGCUAAAAAUCAGACCAAGGAUGAAAUAAUUGCUGUGCUGGCCGACAAUUUGAUAGAUAAAGGAGUAGACGCUGGAAAGGUAGUGCAGAAUCUGGCUACUCCGAACUCUGCAAACGCUUGUCGAGAUUUUGAUCGCUGCAGGCUGUACAGUUAUUUAAACGGACUUGCUAUUCACGAGCAGACUAAGAAUGAAGUAUCUCACGUAAGGACGGAAGCCGAGAACGAUUCAAGCGUGCCCGACCCAAGGGAUAUCGCGCAGCCCGAGAUGCCCUGGUCUCGAAUAUUCCUUCCUUCGCCUCGGAACUUCAGAGUGGUUAAACAGAUUUGCAACGACUGUUUGCUGGUGGCCUGGACACCGCCAAAGGAUACCUCAGCGUUGAACGGAUACGAGAUUCUCGUGAACGGGUGCCCAGCACUCCGCGUACGAUCGCCCGUGCGUUCAGAAGCUAUUCUGGUUUCUCUCGAUACAUCGGGUCCACUUCUGUUGGCCCUCUACUCGCUCGGUUGCGGAGGGAUUUCCUCAAGACCGCUUAAGCUUACGUACGCGCCUUGCUUCUGCAUCGAUAAUUAGCGCGAUCGGAAGUUUAUA